AUGUCAGCGACCUUCCCCGGACUUGUCCACGACGCAGAGAUACGUCACGACGGAUCAAACAGCUACCGGCUCAUGCAGCUCGGCUGCCUGGAGUCCGUGGCCAACUCCUCGGUCGCCUACUCCUCCUCCUCCCCGCUCACCUACCCGGCACCGGCGGGGACGGAGUUCGCCUCACCCUAUUUCUCGGCCAACCACCAGUACACGCCCCUCCACCACCAGUCUUUCCACUACGAGUUCCAGCAUUCCCACCCGGCCGUGGCCCCGGAGGCCUACGGCCUGAACUCGCUGCACUCGGGCCAGUACUACCAGCAGAUCCACCACGGAGAGCCCGCCGACUUCAUCAACCUGCACAACGCGCGCUCGGCCCUCAAGUCCUCGUGCCUGGACGAGCAGCAGCGGCGCGAGCUGGGCUGCCUCGACGCUUACCGGCGCCAUGACCUGUCGCUGAUGACGUCACACGGCUCACAGGCCUACGGCGUCGGUAUGCACCACCCGGACCAGAGGCUGCUGCCCGCCGCUGGCCUGGGCCUCCCUCCGCCCGCGGCGGACGACCUGCAGGGCUCCGUGGAAGCGCAGUGUGGGCUCGUGCUGAACGGCCAAGGGGGCGUCAUCCGGAGAGGGGGAACAUGUGUGGUGAAUCCUACAGAUUUGUUCUGCUCGGUACCGGGUCGGCUUUCGCUGCUCAGUUCCACCUCAAAGUACAAAGUCACCAUCGCUGAGGUGAAAAGAAGACUGUCCCCGCCAGAGUGCCUCAAUGCUUCCCUACUGGGCGGCAUACUGCGUAGAGCAAAGUCUAAGAAUGGAGGCCGGUGUCUUCGUGAGAAAUUAGACCGUUUAGGGCUCAACCUACCAGCAGGACGGAGGAAAGCCGCCAACGUAACGCUGCUCACCUCCCUGGUGGAAGGUGAGGCGCUCCACCUGGCGAGGGACUUUGGCUACACCUGUGAGACAGAGUUUCCCAGUAAGGCAGUGGGUGAACAUUUGGCGAGGCAGCACAGUGAGCCGAAAGAAACCAGCGCGCGCAAGAAGAUGGUCCUGGCUACAAAGCAAAUCUGUAAGGAGUUCCAGGACUUAUUGAGCCAAGAUCGCUCUCCUCUGGGCUCCUCCAGACCAACACCAAUCUUGGACCUGGACAUCCAGAGACACCUCACACACUUCAGUCUGAUCACUCACGGGUUUGGCACGCCGGCGGUCUGUGCAGCUCUCAGCACCUUCCAGACAGUGCUGAGCGAGAUGCUCAACUACCUGGACAAAACCUCGAGUGGGAAAACGAGCGGAGCCGGCGACCAACAGAUCAACAACAGCUCAGAAAAGACGCAGCUCCGGAAAACAGCCGAGCCCCAGAGCAAAGACGGGAAAACAGAAAAGACUGAGUAGCCCCCACCCACCCGGUCCCCGUGCCUUGGAGCGCUGCAUUUAGAAGUGUGCG